GCUUAUUAUUUUACCUAAAGAAGUCCUUACAAAAAUGGCAGCAAGUGGCAGAGCUUCCCGUCUUUUAAAAGCGAUGGAUCGUUUAGCUACAAAGACUACUUUUGAUCACGGUACUGUGCUUAGCAAGGUAAAGCUGCAAUCAGCUGAAAACGGGACAUUCCAAGGCUCAUUCACCGUGGACAAAACAAUGUGCAACAUGGCUGGAUCUCUUCAUGGAGGAUACAUAGCAUCUGUCAUUGACGUGUUGUCGUUUUAUACACAACUCAGCAACACUGAUAGCAAAUUAUCCUGGACAACCGGCAUGAACGUUAAUUACGUUGGAACAGCAUUUGACGGUGACAACGUGAAAGUAGAGACCAAAACUCUGAAAGUCGGCAGUUCUUCGGUCGUGGAAACUUUCUUUCAUAAUGAAAAAGGAAAUCUCUUAGCGAAAGGUACAACAACGUUUUUGGCAGGUUCUGACAAAUAUCAAAAGUUAAUCAAACUCUUGCUGGAUUUUGAUGUGAGUGAAAACUAAUUAAGGGAACAACAAGGAACUGUUUUCCUUGUACUGUUCUUUUUUGUUGUAGAUAUACUUAAUAUGAAUAAAUAAUUUCAUAAUACUAUCCCCCGCAUUAAGAGAUUUAAUGAUUACUUAAGUCGCUCCUUAGUGACAAAUUCUCAUAGAAAUUCUGCUCUAAGGAACAGCUUAAGUAACCAUUAAAUGUCUCUGAGUGUGUCCAUAUGUAUUGGGGCCAGACAUGUCUAUAGGUAAAACAAAUGACGUUAUUUACCUUUGUUUGAAAUAGACUUCCAAAAUUUUGUCUAAAAAUACGUUUCCACAUUAUAUUCUGUAAGAAAUUGUAUAGAUAAUAUAAAUGUACCCAAAAUAUAAUUAUUGCAAAAUGUUGAACAAAAAUGUUUGAAAUGGUGAGUCAUAACUACCAUUUCAUUAAUAUUAAUGGUGAUAGCAACCCUGAGUCGUGAUUGAUUGUGUAACUUGCGUUAAUUUCGCUAUUAACUUUGGUAUGAUAUUAUUCUAGAUGUAUCAAGCUGUAGGUAUACCUACCUAUUAAAUGUAAAUGAUAAAUAACAGAAGCAGGUG